AGUUUGAAACCAGAGAAGAAGAAGAUCUGGUUUGCUUCCGUGUAAAUUUAUGAAUGACUCCAACUUCCCCUGACUAGCUUGCUAACUUAAGUUGACUCGCAACUGUGUCGAGGGUUUCUCACGACUACUGCCACCACAAAUAAGCCAAAAUGGAUUAUACAGCGACUCAGAGUGGCUUCAGACAGCGUAAGUUACAGCCUAACAUGCGUCUGAGGAAUAGCUCCAUGGAUGGCUCAGAUGGAAACCAGCUGUUCGAGGACACAAGCGGAGCCACACCUGGAUCACAGGCGGGGUACAGAAACCAGCAAGGUGGACCUGGACCUCAAGCAGCUGGAAUCACUGGACAGUCCAUCCUGUCAGAUCCAAUGGGUAACCUGGCCAUGGCAUACGGCAGUUCACUGGCAUCCCAGGGGAGGGAGAUGAUGGACAAGAAUCUGGACAGGUUCAUCCCAAUCUCCAAGCUCAAAUACUACUUUGCUGUGGACACAGUGUACGUGGGAAAGAAGUUGGGCCUUUUAGUUUUUCCUUACAUGCAUAAGAACUGGGAGGUGAGCUACCAACAGGACACUCCCGUGGCUCCACGCUUUGAUGUGAACGCUCCCGAUCUGUACAUCCCUUCCAUGGGCUUCAUCACAUACGUCCUGGUGGCUGGGCUGGCCCUCGGCACACAGAAUAAGUUCUCCCCAGAGCUGCUGGGAGUUCAGGCCAGCUCAGCGCUGGUUUGGCUGAUCAUGGAAGUCCUGGCUGUCCUGCUGUCACUCUACCUCGUGACGGUAAACACCGACCUCACCACCAUAGACCUGCUCGCCUUCUCUGGAUAUAAAUAUGUCGGGAUGAUCAUAGGUGUGGUUGCAGGCCUGUUGUUUGGGAGGCUAGCGUACUAUCUCUCUCUACUGUGGUGUUGUGCUGCCAUUUUUGUCUUUAUGAUCCGCACCCUGCGUCUGAAGCUGUUAUCCGAGGCGGCGGCAGAGGGACGGCUGGUGAGAGGAACCAGAAACCAGCUGAGGAUGUACCUCACCAUGUCUAUAGCAGCAGCACAGCCCAUCUUCAUGUACUGGCUCACCUAUCACCUCAUCAGAUAAAACAGGACAAACACUUGUUGCGUCACAGAUGAACUCGGCUGUUUGAACGCCAUCUCACCCCCCAAAAAACACACACAUUCACACACACACACACAGACGCUAACAUAUCAAAAGAAGCUGGAGUUGGAUGAAACACACAUUUGUCUGGAUGGUAUCUCAUCUUUUUUCGGACAUAAAGACACAAGUGUACAUUCAGAAGACUCGCUUCAUCUACAAACAGAUAACUAUCACAUGCUACAAGACGACUGAGAGAAGAAGUGAUGCAUCACAGCCUUCUCUCUUACAGCACAGCACCACGUCAUUAGUCUUGCCUUUUUCCUUUUGUUUUCUUUUUAUGGUGUCUUUAAACGUUUGUAGCAAGAGCAAGUGGCUUUAAUAUUUUUUUUCUAUGGUGUGUAAUUAUUUGUUGAUUAAGUUUUAUAGCAAUAUUUAAGUAUGUACAUUUGUUUAAAGAAAAAGUAUUAUUACAGAUGUUGCUCUUGUCUAAUAUUUCUGAGCCGGCAGGAAAAAAGCACACUAACGUCACACAAACCGUCCACUUCAUGAAGAGAAAGGAAUCCACUUAAGGUUUUAAAAUCAAUGGAUCUUGAAAUAAGGUCUGUGUAAGUGUGGGUGUGUGAAACCUCAUUUUUAUGUGUUCAACCGUUUUGUAUGUGCUAUGGAAAAUGUAUGAGCUUUGCUGCCUGACAACUCUUGAAUAGAACUGUUAAAGUCACAUUAAGAUGUAGGGCUCACAAUGACUUUGAUAUCUUUUUAAAAAACAAGUAAAUUAUAAACCACUCUUUAAAUUUAAAGUCAGAGGGAAUAAAGACGGAGAGAUGAGAUGGUCUGUUCUAUGGAAAAUGUUUCUAGUCUCUUUGAUAUACUUGAAAUGUUUUAUCUUCAGAAAUGCUUCUUGUGCUUAAACGUGUUUGUAAAUCACCUGAGGUCACUGAGAAAUGAGUGACUCUGCUCUUUGUAAAUGUAGCUAAUAUUAACACAAACCAGGGUAAGAUACACGUUCACUUUAAGUUAUUUCAGGAAACUUUUAGAAAAUCAGGAGCUUUGCAUUGAUGAAACAUGUUAUUGAGUAAUACUGCAAUGUUCAGUUAACUGAGGUGCCAAUAAAAACUUUCUCUGAAUCUUG